CAGAGAGAAAUUGGAAGCACGAAUGAGCGUCAAUUGAGGCAUGCGCAAUUGCCAAAACACGUGACUGCAGCGACCACGAUGUUGGCGAAAAUGGCGGCAUUUGCAGGAAAAAGUUUUCACGAAAUGAACAGUCUUAUUUCGCGUUUUUUGUGGCUUUUUUCUUCAGCUAUGUAACAGAAGAAGAACUUAGAAGAAAGCGAAGUAUUUUUCUGAAAAAAUGAUGUACGUUGAUCCGACCUCGCAGUACAAAUUCGUCGCAAAAACCGCGGCAAAUCUGCCAGGUCUUGAAGCGUCAUCGACGAUUACAAAUAUUGCAAACGAUGCUGCAACGGUCCCCACAACCGAGAGCACUUCUCCGACUACCGUUCAGGCACCACCUAAUACUGCUACACACUUUCAAGCACCAGAGCAUGCCCAAAAACAGGCAGUUCUGCUCCAAAACGCUGGCGUUGUUGGUACAGUACAAUCUGGUCAAAUUCCCCCAGCAGCAGCAGCACAAUUGGCACAAGGUGUCGCCGCUGGGAUACCUGGACAAGGUCUAACCUAUGAUGGGAAAAGGAUGAGAAAAACUAUGCAAAGAAGAACGGUUGAUUAUAAUUCAUCAGUCAUCCGAUUCUUAGAGAGUAGAAAAUGGUUCAAGAGCUCACGAAAUCAGCAUACUUUGCAACCUCAAGAAAUAUACAAUGUUGAUAUUGUACCACCCUGUGGUUACAUCAAGAAUCCAAUGAAUGCUGUCACAACCAAGUUUGUACGGACCUCUACAAAUAAACUACGUUGCCCCAUAUUUUGCGUUGUGUGGACCCCAGAAGGGCGUCGCUUAGUCACAGGCGCAUCUAGUGGAGAAUUCACGUUAUGGAAUGGACUAACAUUUAACUUUGAGACAAUUUUACAGGCUCAUGAUCGAGCUGUACGCUCCAUGGUAUGGAGUAAUAACGACCUAUGGUUAUUGACUGGUGACCAUGGUGGUUUUGUGAAAUAUUGGCAGUCAAAUAUGAACAAUGUUAAGAUGUACGAAGCACAUAAAGAACCUGUUCGAGGACUAAGUUUUUCUCCGUCCGACAACAAAUUUGCGUCGUGUUCCGACGAUGGUCUGGUGAAAGUCUGGGACUUUUACAGAUGUAUUGAAGAGCGAGAGUUGAAAGGUCAUGGCGCGGAUGUAAAAUGUGUUGAUUGGCAUCCAACAAAAGGUCUUAUCGUUUCUGGUAGUAAAGACAGUCAACAACCAGUUAAACUCUGGGAUCCUAAAACUGGAAAUAGUAUAACUACACUGCAUUGUCAUAAAAGUACAGUGAUGACAGCAAAAUGGAACAAAAACGGAAAUUGGUUGGUAACUGGUUCAAGGGACCAUCUGCUGAAGUUAUUCGAUAUCCGUAUGAUGAAAGAACUACAGACAUUCCGUGGACAUAAGAAAGAAGCGACAGUGGUUGCUUGGCAUCCUGUUCAUGAAACGCUGUUUGCGAGUGGAGGGUCAGAUGGCUCGCUCAUGUUUUGGUUGACUGGUGUCGAUGAGAAAGCAGGGACCAUGGACAAAGCCCAUGAAGGCAUUGUUUGGAGUCUCUCGUGGCAUCCUCUUGGGCACAUACUAUGCUCGGGAUCUAACGAUCAUACAAGCAAAUUUUGGGCAAGAAAUCGUCCGGGUGACACGAUGAUCGAUAAAUAUAACCUGGACAUUCAAGGAAGUCAGGAGGAUGGAGAUUUUACGAGCGAGGAGGGAACAUCUCACGCAUCUGUACCAGCGCUUGCGGCGUAUGAUGCAAGUCAAGUCAUUCCAGGAGUUGGACUUCCUGUCACAGCUAGCAAUGUUGUUCUCCCUGACUCCAGAGAUGUUGAUGCACAUUUGUAUGGAGAAUCCGGUAAAGAUAAGAUGGCGGUUGGUAAACCAUCAACGGCGACUUCAUCAGAACUCCCGUAUCCACCAGCUUUCUCUCGUUCUAACUUUGAAAAUCGUUUUGGUAUCCCGGGCCUUGAUAUGCCAAACGCAAAUAUCCAAAUUAAACAAGAAAAUGACGGGUACAAAAUUUCAAACCUUCGGGAACCACCUAAACUUCGUUUGCCCACGCGUCUUCCGAUUCCGCCAAAUCAGAGCCACUAUCCACCUUCAGGGAUUCGCCCACCUCUUACAAACCAUCCAGGUAACCAUCCACCAUUUGGACCCAGACAUGGAUUUGAUUUUCGCGGACCAUCCGGGCCGAGAAUUGGAGAUCCAAAUGCAAAUUUUGGACCAGCGGGUUCAUUCCCGCCAAACCAAUAUGCGCGUUUCCCUGGUCCACGUGGUGGCAUGCAUGAAGGGCCAAGAGGUGGUUUUGGAGCCCAAAGAGGGCCGCACCCUGGGCCAUGGAGUGGACCGCAUCAUGCAUCACGUGGAGGCCCGUUUGAACCUUACGGACCCCAAGGGGGACCGAACCCCCAGAACAAACCCCCUAAUAACUAUGGGCAUAGAGAUGGACAACAUGAAGGGCCACGGCCACAUGGAGAUCCAUCCAGUCCCCAUGUACGUCCAGAUGGCCCUUAUGGUGUCCCAAGGUCUCACGACAUCUCUAUCAGUCAGUAUGGACCUCAUGGAGGAACCCAAUCACGGGGAGCCCCAAACAGUUCUAACAUGCGUUCAGAGGACUCCCAUGGAGGACCAAAGCCGCCCUUGAAUAUUCCUGGUCGGCACGAUGGUCCGCAAGGAGAGCCACAUGGACUGUCAGCUGAUUCCAAUGCACGUGCAGAUCACCCGCAUGAAGGCCAAAGACCAGGGCGACGUGGUCCCAACGUGCGUUCAGAGGAGCGUCAUUAUGGAGCGUCAAGGCAAAACGAUUCUGCUCCAGACGGCAUAAAAGAAGAGCCACGAAGAGAUAGCACAUCAGGGGGCUCAAGACCAAGAGACGAUUCACACGAUGGAUCGCAUGAAGGACAGCAUGAAACACCACAUGGAGGAUCAAGAUCAACCGAUUUCCCCCCAGGACAACAUGGACCAAGAGACGGGCCACGUGGAGGCCCGAGACCCCCUCUGAACAUCCCGCCUACGAACUUCUCUACGUCAAGCCAACAUGGACCAAGAGACGGUACACGGGAUGGGCCACGACCACGAGGACUCCAGAACGAUUCCAGUAUACGUCCCGAUGGCCCCCGUGGAGACCCCAGGCCACCCCUAAAUAUACCUCUUGGUCCUUCGAGCCCACGAGAUAGCUCGAACUUUGGACCUCGAACGGUAAACAACGACACAGGUCGUUCGUUUGGACCGCGCGGUUCUAGACCUCCGCAUUUUCAAAAGCCACGUCCGGGUCAACCGAAAGCGGAGCUGAAAUCACCAGAAGGUGAUCAUCGUGGAGCCUCAGAAGCGAGGGAAAGUUUCUUGAGAAGAAGUCGUGACAAUUCACCACGAGAUAGUCCUCCAGUGAAGCAAGAGCGCCGCACCUCUGACCCGGACGCACCUGGAAUCCUAGGUGAUUUUCAAACACACAUCCAAGAAUUGCAACGCGGUAUGUUAACGUUGGAGAACAUUACAAGCUCUGCAGUUGGGCGUCUCUUUCGACCCCCACAGCCGGACAUGGCUGGUCCGGAUCGACCACCUCAUGGUAGAUCCGAUAUGGACCGGCAUCACGGUCCUGAUUCAGGCCGUGGCAUUGGAAGAAAAGGGGAUCGUGAUAGAUCCGAAGCGGACCGACGUGGAGACCGACCGCCGUAUGAGUCGCGUGAUAGACAAGACCGUUCGUCACGAGAUCGCCCAGGGGACAGUGACCGCCCACCCUUCGACAGGUCAGAAAUGGGCCUAAAAGAAGAACGUUCUUCUCAUGAUAGAUCAGACAUGAGCCGCCCUAAAGAUCGGCCAUCAUUUGAGGGUUUUUCAGGGGAUCGUCCUUCGAGAAGUGGUGGUCGCAACUCGUUCGACCGUCAGGACUCUGGGCGACAAUCAGAUGGUUCGUUUUCAGAUGAAAAGGAUCUGCCCGUUAAUGAAAAACCUGGACUAUUACCAAUACCUGACAUGUUUCUUGCCCGAGGUCCGCCAUCUCAUGACGGUCCCCCACAUGACUCUGGAUCGAGCAAUCACCGUCCACCUGAUAGAAGACGAGAUCAUGGUCGAUUUCAGGACGGCCGGAAUGAUAUACGUUCCGAUAAACAAGGAUUUGGUAGAGGACCCCGAGAUCAACCCCACACCGAAACGAUACAAGGAAAAUCCGGAGGAGGUCGUAAUGAUGGGCCACAGGCUGCAGGGGAAACCGGAAUUAAACCUCUUAUGAGUCUAUUGGAUGCUCCCCCUGUAAAUCUCGGUAGCCCCCCAGGGCACGGUAAUGUUGAAAACCGGGGAAGGAAGCGGUCAAUGGAACAUGAAUUUGACCGACCACCUAAACGGAUGGGAACAGGUGACAACCGAGAGAGACAUCGGUAGAGCAAGAAAAUUGGUCAAGACUGUGACACUGAAUACUUUCAAAAAUACCACAACGUUGUACUCGAGUGGUCAAAGAACGCUGAUGAUGUCGUUUAAGAUCUGCGUCGUAAACACAAAACUACGGUCCACUCGGUGAUUAAAACAACGAACAAUCGACCUAGUCAGUAAAUGUUCAUUGUAAAAAUAGUUUGGUUAAGCUACUGAUAAUUUUGUUCUUGCAGAUUUUGAAUCAGAGUAAACUAAUUUAUGGUUUUUUAUUAAACCAAUUCUCACAAAUUUAGUGUCUCACGAGUCUUGUGAAUUGACACGCAAAUAGAAAAAGAUACUACACGCAACUACUGC